AUGAUCAUGGAUAGAUCAUCGCAGAGCAGCUCCGAUUCACCGACGCGAGAUCCGAAAGUGCUUUCCAUUGAAUGUCUGAGAGGAAGCUCGAAAGCCGACGAGUGGACGGCCGACAUGCUCCAAAGCGGCGACAUCGUGGAGGAGCUUCGAAUCGGUUCGUCGGCGAAAUCGCAGAUCCGGUACCAGUCGCCGUUCAAGGGCGGGAGGAGCGGCGUGCAGAAGAUCCUUCAGGAGGCGUUUAAGAAGAAGGAGACGUCGAUUGUGGUACGGGUGCGGCGAGGACCGGAGGAGUUGGCGGAGUUGCAGGCGUGCAUCGUGCCGAACGAAUUCGCGUCGAAGAAGAGUUUGGUUCUUCGCUCAAUUGAUGACCCGAAUUACGUGGUCGGGUUCUUGGAUCGGACCGAAGCAGAAUGCUUCGAGCUUCAAGCUUCAAGGAGCUCUAGGAUGGUAAAUGCGUUAACCAGGACCAAGUUACAGGAUGGAUAUGUUUCGUAUUCAUGGGAGAGGAGGAUGCAAGAAAUGCUAUUAGUUCCCAAUUCUAGCAACUUUCUUUCCAUAUUAUUCCUUCCCAAAGCUUCAGAUCGGGUAGCUUCUCGCUACAAUGAUCUGGAGGACACCCUAGCUAGGACAAAUGCGUGGCUCAAUGCAGGUCAAGCGUCGGGGGUCCCUAUUGUCUUCAUGAACAUCCAAACUGAGUCCCUACUUACUAAGAUAUCUGGAGAGACAGCUUCUUCCACUGUGAAUGCAGGGUCAUUAUCCGACUUAGCUAACUUAGCAAAUGCAAGCCUUUACGGGUUUGAGGAUUACCAUGGAAUAGACAUUGGUGUUGUUCGAGCAGUUCGCCUAUGGUAUGCUCCGGUUGCCGGAGAGUUAUCUAUUGAGAUCAAACUAAAAGAAGAAGAUUCAAAGCUUGGCUUUGCCAUUAGUCGUACUGAAGAGGGAUUUAUUUUCAUCUCAUCGGUCAUUAAUCAAGAAAAUGUACCUGCAACACGAUCAGGGCUGAGCAAUCUGUAUAAACUGGCAACUGAUACUAGUAGGAUGUUAGUGGUUUCAAGAGUGUCAAAUCAAAAAGUCCUUCCAUGGAUGGUUUCUUCAACAGGAGCUAUUCGGUGUUAUGACACUGUUUCACUCAGCCAGAAGCUGUCCUUACACCGACACACAAGAGUUCCCAUUCUCCUGCACGUCUUCCUUUGGGACAGGGCUUUGGCUUCUUCAAGUGGAGGAAGCACUAGAUUUAGGGCCCUGUCUUCUUCUGUGUUGUCAUCACAUGCAUCUGAAGUUCAGCUAGCCAUUCAAAACGAAACUCAUGUACUGCCAUUGCCCCCUCCACCAUCUGAACCAAGUGAUAUUACAAGUGAAAUUUCCCAAUCCAGGCUUCAGAGAGACACAGCUGGGGAAUUCUCUUUUAGAUUCCACGAUUUUUCUUUGUCUAGUAACUGGGUAUGA